AUGAUUAUAUAUGAUGGCGAGAAAUACUCUUGCGUGUCAUGCAUCCGUGGUCAUAGGUCUACAACGUGCAGGCACAGUAGUCGAAUGCUGGUUAAAGUACGAACCAAGGGCCGACCAUCCGCUAAGACCGCGCGCCAAGUCAUCUUUGUCGAUGCAAGCUCCCAGGUGCUGCAAGCGGAGGAGGCACCUUCGAGUUGCUGUGCACCAUUACGGGCACCUCGCUCAUGCUCCAAAAUGAACAAACAACCGAUUUUAUUCCUGCGCGCACGCAGCACACAACAAGCGUUUCUGGUAGACGGCGCCCUCAAGAUUGUUAUAGAAGAUACGAGUGGCACAUCUGAUACUGCGACAAGGCUCGUCUCUGAAAAAGACUAUCUGAAGCAUCAUCUUAAAUUAGAAACUUCGCAAAGCAUCGCGGAGGCCGUGAGUCCACCAAAACUCGAAAGUUUAAUCCAAGGUUCUUACGGAAAUCCCCUGGAAUCAGGAGUUUCCACAUUUUCUACAAAUGAUACAGAUGUGGUAGAUGCCGCAGAAAUUCAUGACGACUCACUUGUGGAACUUUUCACACACAAGGGAGUAUACCUGAGCUCGCAGUGUAACUGUGAAGACGACAAUUGCCCGUGUGUCAACUGUUUGAUCCACAGAAAAGAUGACGAACUUGAAAGUUACGUUAAGGGAAGUGGAGUGCCUUUGUCAAAUGUGGGGAAUGGUCGUCUCAGCUAUCCGCACGAUGAGAAUUCAUCCCACGACAUUAUUUUUAAGCAAGAGCCGCACAACUGCGAUUCGGACCAGUGUUCUUUGCAUCCACCAGACAUCAUUCCAUUCAAUAAUAUAUUUCUUUAUGGCUUGGUGAACCUGCCUUUGAAUCAAAAAAGCGUCAUUAAAUAUAAGCACAAGCUGAUUCCGUCGAAUUUUUGGUGGCAGUUAUUGAAAGAAGAACUCCCGUUCAUGGCCCAUGAUCAACGUGCGAAGUUUGAUCUCGUACAAUGGUUUGAAAAUACUAUUGCAUCCUUUGACUUACAAAUUCCUGAGGCGGGUUACGCUAACUUGGGGGACAAUCAGUCCAUGGGGCUUCUUUCAAACGCUUAA